CUCUGAUCAUCUCCUGUACUAUGUCCGCAGUCUCUGGUCAUCUCCUGUACUGUGUCCACAGUCUCUGACCAUCUCCUGUACUAUGUCUGCAGUCUCUGAUCAUCUCCUGUACUAUGUCCUCAGUCUCUGGUCCAUCUCCUGUACUAUGUCCGCAGUCUCUGAUCAUCUCCUGUACCGCGUCCGCAGUCUCUGGUCAUCUCCUGUAGUACGACCGCAGUCUCUGGUCAUCUCCUGUACUAUGUCCGCAGUCUCUGAUCAUCUCCUGUACUAUGUCCGCAUUCUCUGAUCAUCUCCUGUACUAUGUCCGCAUUCUCUGGUCAUCUCCUGUACUGUGUCCGCAGUC